AUGUUUCUUUCUUCUUCAUCGCCUUUACAGUUACGCAAGAGUUUAUCAUUGUUCGUGAAGCUGAACAGUCUGACAUCUCGUGGGUUUUCGUCCGACUCUACUAAAGCCCUAGCCUCCGGAUUCUCUAGAGCAAUCAAAGAAGGCAACUUUAACCUGUUAGAUUCUGAGAAGUGUGCAAAUUCGCAACGAAACGAGACGAAUUGGGUCCUUCUUUCGCUUCAGUCAGAUCCAUAUUCCGCGCUAAAGUAUUUCCGAUGGGCAGAGAUGUCUGGACGAGAUCCUUCUUUCUUUACCAUUGCUCAAGUUUUGAUCCGCCAUGGGAUGUUCGGUGAUGCAGAUAAGGUGUUUGAUGAAAUGAUUUUAAAUCGUGGAAAGGAUUUUCACGUUCUGGGUGCGAUUCGGGAUAGGUCAAUGGAGUUUCAUUUGAGCCACGGUGUUGUUGUUUACGGGUUUUUGAUGGAAUGUUGUUGUAGAAACGGCAUGGUUGAGGAGGCUAUGGAGAUAUUCGUGUAUAGUAGUACUCAAUUGGGUGUAGUUAUAGCGGAGGACUCUGUAUAUAGGAUGCUAAAUUCUUUGAUUGAUGCUGAUCGUAUUGACUUAAUAGCUGAUCAUUUUGAUAAACUAUGUAGACGAAUAGUUCCUUCUGGUGUGAGUGCUUAUGGAUUAGUGUUGGAUGCUCUUUUCCGCAGAGGAGAGGUCACAAAGGCUUUAGAUUUUCACCGAGUAGUGGUUGAGAGAGGUUUUCAUGUUGAUAUAGUUUCUUGCAAUAAGAUUUUGAAAGGUCUUUCUUUUGAUCAGAUAGAGGUAGCUUCUCGGAUGCUAAGUUUGAUGUUGGACUGUGGUCCAGCACCAAAUGUGGUGACUUUUAAUACGUUGAUUAAUGGGUUCUGCAAAAGAGGAGAAAUGGAUAGAGCGUUUGAGCUGUCCAAGGUAAUGGAAGAUAAGGGAAUAGCGCCGGACUUGAUCGCUUACAGCACUCUGAUUGAUGGAUAUUUCAAAGCAGGGAUGUUAGAAAUAGGUCAUAAACUCUUCUCGCAGGCGUUACAGAGAGGUGUGAAGUUGGACGUGGUUGUUUUCAGCUCAACGAUUGAUGUGUAUGUGAAAUCUGGGGAUGUAGCAACAGCGUGUGAUGUGUAUAAGAGAAUGCUGUGUCAAGGGAUUUCUCCUAAUGUGGUUACUUACACCAUUCUCAUUAAAGGUUUGUGCGAGGAUGGUAGAAUUCACGAGGCUUUUGGUAUAUAUGGUCAGAUCUUGAAACGUGGUUUGGAGCCGUCCGUUGUGACUUAUACCAGUCUCAUUGAUGGUUUUUGCAAGUGUGGGAACUUGAGAUCCGGGUUUGCUUUGUAUGAGGAUAUGAUAAAGAUUGGUCAUUCACCUGACGUUGUCAUUUUUGGUGUGCUUGUUGAUGGCCUUUGUAAGCAAGGAUUGAUCCUCCAUGCGUUGAGGUUCUCUGUUAAGACUCUAAGCCACUCGGUCAGGGCCAAUGUUGUGGUUUUUAACUCCUUAAUUGAUGGCUGGUGUAGGUUAAACCGUUUGGACGAGGCGUUGAAUGUUUAUAGAUUGAUGGAGAUAUGUGGUGUAAGACCUGAUGUAGCCACAUUCACAACGCUUAUGAGGGGAAGUGUGGAGCGAGACAGAUUAGAUGAAGCCUUGUUUCUGUUUUUCCGGAUGUUCAAAAUAGGUUUGGAGCCUGAUGCUGUAGCGUACUGUACCCUAAUGGAUGCAUUCUGCAAACAUAUGAAGCCAACAAUAGGGCUCCAGCUAUUCGAGCUUAUGCGGAGGAACAAAAUCUCUGCGGAUAUCGUUGUAUGUAAUGUCGUCGUUAAUCUGCUUUUCAAAGGUCACCGCGUGGAGGAAGCUUCUAAGUUCUUCAAGAAUCUUCUCAAAGGAAGGCUGGAGCCUGAUAUUGUGACAUAUAACACAAUGAUAUGUGGUUACUGCUCUUGUCAAAGGUUAGAUGAAGCAACGAGGAUCUUCGAGAUGCUUAAACUUACCACUUUUGGACCCAAUUCCGUUACUUUGACUAUACUCAUCCAUGCGCUCUGUAAAAACAAUGACGUGGAUGAUGCUAUAAGGAUGUUCUCCGAGAUGGUGGCAAAGGGUCCUAAGGCAAAUGUUGUCACGUACGGUUGUCUAAUGGAUUGGUUUGCGAAAUCCGUCGACAUGGAAAGUUCUUUCAAGCUUUUCGAGGAUAUGCAAGAGAAAGGGAUUUCUCCAAGCAUGAUAAGUUAUAGCAUUGUAAUCGACGGUCUUUGCAAACGAGGAAGAGUGGAUGAAGCAACUGAUAUCUUCAAUCAAGCCAUAAAUGCAAAGCUAUUGCCUGAUGUUGUUGCCUAUGCAAUUCUUAUCCGUGGUUGCUGCAAAGUUGGGAGACUCGUUGAAGCGGCAUUGUUGUAUGAAGAGAUGUUGAGAAACGGAGUUAAACCUGAUGAUUUGCUGCGACGAGCACUUUCGGAAUAUAAACUACCGAAAUGGUUGAUGAGCAAUGGGGUCUGGGUACACGACGACAAUACAUUGCCGGAUUAG